UUUCUGGUCAUAUCUCAAGUGGCCUUAUAACAGAUAACCCAGAAAAACAAACAAACAAAUAAACAAAAACGUAAUAUUUUUAUAGACUGGAGAAGAAUUUAUUCGUUAAAGUCAUCUAAAACGGAGAUCAUAACAGGAAUCACCUGAUAGUGGAUCAAAUGGCAGACGAAUAUGAACAGUCCGGUGCGUCAGAGUUUAUUAAAGACCGGCUGUACUUUGCCACUCUACGUGUCAAACCAAAGAAUACAGUCAACACGCACUACUUCAGCAUCGACGAGGAGCUCAUAUAUGAGAGUUUUUAUGUCGAUUUUGGGCCCCUUAACCUGGCCAUGCUGUACAGAUACUGCUGCAAAGUCAAUAAGAAGCUCAAGUCUUUCACCAUGUCUCGAAAGAAACUGGUCCACUACACCAGUCACGACCAGAAGAAGAGAGCAAAUGCAGCUCUUCUCAUCGGUGCCUAUGCUGUUAUCUAUUUGAAAAGAAACCCAGAAGAAGCCUACAGGACUCUGAUCUCAGGAAACAACACAGGCUAUCUGCCUUUCAGAGAUGCAGCAGUGGGAGAGUGUUCCUUCAACCUUACUGUCCUCGACUGCUUACAAGGAAUACGCAAGGCUUUGCAGCACGGUGUCUUUGACUUUGAAAACUUUGAUGUAGAGGAAUAUGAACAUUAUGAGCGAGUAGAAAACGGGGACAUGAACUGGAUCAUUCCAGGGAAAAUUCUGGCAUUCAGCAGUCCUCACCCUCGCAGUAAGAUAGAGAACGGUUAUCCUCUACAUGCUCCAGAGGCGUAUUUUCCAUACUUUCACCAAAAUGACGUCACAGCCGUGGUCCGUUUAAACAGGAAGUUGUACGACAGCAGACGGUUUGAAGAUGCAGGGAUUGAGCACCAUGACCUCUUCUUCCUGGAUGGGACCACGCCCUCCGACCUCAUCAUCAGGCGCUUCCUGCACGUGUGUGAAAGUACCGAAGGAGCUGUAGCUGUACACUGUAAAGCGGGCCUGGGUCGUACAGGCACUCUGAUUGGCUGCUACCUGAUGAAGCACUUCCGGUUCACUGCAGCUGAGGCCAUUGCAUGGAUCCGAAUUUGCCGGCCUGGAUCCAUCAUCGGUCCCCAGCAGAACUUCUUAGAGGAGAAGCAGCACAGUUUGUGGGUGCAGGGUGACGUGCAUCGCUCCAAACAGAAAAUCCUGCAGCAGAGACUGAGCCGCCGGCAGCAGCUGCAGCAGCAGCGUCAGCAGCAGCUUCACGGCGCUGACUCUGAUGGAGGGAAACAUGAAGCUGUGUCCCACCUGCUCUCCAGCAUGGACGACCUGUCAAUCAACACCACUCUCUGCAAAUCAUACAGCUUGGACGAGAAUAACUUUCAGGAAGGCAAUCUGACUCAGGGAGACAAACUCAGAGCACUGAAAGGAAAACGGCCACCUAGAUCAGCCUCCUCCUCCUCAAGGUUAAACCUGUCCAAGGCUUCUCACUGCUCCAUUCUCCCACCUCCCAAGUCCUCUAAAGUCCCCCUCUCUUUCUCCUCCUCUUCGUCCUCUUCUAAGAAGCUGGUGCGAACCUCGUCCUCCUCCACCACACAGCUCAAGAGUCCCUUCAGCCUCAGUCUGUUCAGCACCAGGCCUUCUGUCAUUCACUGA